GUGUCGCGCCGAAAAAGCCGUCGGCUUGUUCGCGGAAGUACUUGCAGGAGUGCGACCUUCGAGCCACAGUUCCAGACACCCUGGAUUUCAACACUGGCUUUUCCUCGAAGCUAUCCGCUCCGCAUCGUGGUCUGACGGAUCACGACCUUCUUUCCGUGACAGGCAUGCUCCCAGAGAGGCAGAAGGUCGAUGAAGUCUGCCUCAAGCAGAAUUCCGGCCUCACCGAUGCGAGCCUCGUGCCUUUCCUGCGCCAAUUCUUGAAGGUACCACGCUUAGCUGAGGGCUUGUGCUCGCUCAACCUCAAGCAAUGCAAGGGCGCCGGAUGGCAGAGCUUGGAGGUUCUUCGGCAGCUGACGUUUGCCGCACGCAACCUGAGGGAGCUGAACCUCAGCGGUGUACAGGUCGGAACGCAUCUUCAACUCAAACUCUGCGAAUCCCUCGGGGUACACCGGAAUUUGCAGUUUAUUGGUUUAUCUCGCUCUGGACUGGGCGGCACAUGCCUGACAGAAGACUGCCUAAGGCAUCUUCUGAGCAGCAGAAGUAACAGAAAGCUGGACCUCAGCUGGAAUGUUUUCAGCAAGAAGGACUUUCAAGUCAUCGGCGAUUACAUUGCUGAGAACACCUGCCUGAUGCACUUGCUUUUAGACAAUACUGCGGCCUACAUAGUGGGUGAAGACACACCAAUCUCAGAGCUGAUCGAGAAGCUGGCCUUCAACUCUGCUUUGAGGAGCCUGAGCAUCUGUACAAAUCGCAUCGACUCCCGUGCCGCGCUGGUCAUCGAGGACUCGCUGGAGGGUCACCCGAUGCUGUCGCGGCUGUAUCUGCGAAACAAUCCACUGGGCAUCCACGGGCUGCGAAGCAUCCUUAGACUGCUCUGCCGGAAAGAGUCCAGCAUGUCCCGCCUUGACAUCGAAGGAUGCAAGUCAGGGGACGAGAAGACCAAGAGUACGGAAACGCACACGAAGGUUUUCUCCUUCACCAACCCAGGGGGCAAGUACAUCCUUGACCUCGGAAUUCCUUACGACCGAAGCUUAUGCAGGAUGCUUUAUGAGACUGCCGAGCGCUUCAACUUGGAGCACAACAAGGCGUUCGUCAACAUCAAUCAUUCCCACCCACCCUAUCACCACCCUGUCCGAGACAGCAUCGGGCAGUACAAGGUGCGGCGUGAAGGCAUCCUCACCUUCACUUUCAACGUGGAGUCUGCUAUUGCCGCGGCCUGGUCGAACGUCGCGGAUGAUGAUUUCAUCGGCUUUCUGAACAGCCACCUGGCCAUGAUGCGCUUCGAGCCGCACAAGCGAAAGCUGCGACCGUUGCUUGCAAACUGGAAAGCGAUCUCCGGAAUGCAUGCGGAGCAAGAGACCUUCUUGACGGCUUUAGCAUCCGACUUCAACAUGGAGGUCCCGUACUUGGAGUACAUGGUCCAGGCCUGCCCAGAGGCCAGCAAUGAAAUACUCUUCCGGCUGAUCCCGAGCCUCAAGCGCGACGGUUGCUCCACAUUCCUGGCGAUGUCGCUCUUCCCGCGGGUCGAAGAUCUAUUGGAGACUCAGUGGAGGAUGGAGAGCUUCCUACUCUUCAACCCGCAGAAUCCCACGGGUCGAUACAAGCUCAAGCUGGAAAACAGCACUGACUUCGCCGUGGCUCAGCAGCUGCUCUUGCUGGAUCGAUGGGAGUCGGUGGUAAACCGACGACACAACCGUGGUGAUGUCUCACAGCGUGGAAACCGCUCUCAGCUCCGAAACGAGCUCUACCAGGGCCGAGCUCUCCACCUUUCCGUGAAACUCUUGACGGAGUGGGCCAUGCCGGAGUUUGGCGAGUUCGAGUGCGACUAUGCCACAAGCUACCAUCCGAAGCAAGGUUCCAAGCCGCUGAGCGACACUCUCUGGGAGUCGGUCAUGAUGGCCAUCUAUGACUCGCCCUGCCGCCCGGAAGACCAGCUGAAGGUGUUGAAGAUCAUCUCGCAUCAGAUUUUCUUAAGCUCUCUGCACAUUCGGCAGAUGGUCGGCUUCUUCCGUAAGGACGAGGAUCGUGAGGAGGCCUUGGUGAUGUUCUGGCCAAGGGUCAUCGACAAGUACAACGCGAAAGUCUUCAGGGUCCGAUUCGAAAAGAAGGAAGAUGUAGUGCGACUGCAGGAGCGCUUGGGCUACAUCACCUUCUUCCCAUACUUUCAGCCCGAGAACGCCGUAUUCCGGUUCAACAUGGCUGUGUACGAGCAGCGAGUUUCUGCUUGCCUCUUC